UAUAAUCUUCUUGUUGAAAAUCAGUUUGGGUUUAGAACAUUUCGCUCAUGUGAAUUAGCAGUCACUCAUCUUACUGAUAAAAUUUUAACUAAUAUUGAUAACAAAAAAUUAAAUGGACUUCUUCUUGUUGAUUUCAAAAAGGCUUUUGAUCUUGUUGAUCAUGAAAUCCUAAUUCUGAAACUUAGAAUGUUCGGAUGUUCUCCAUUAGUAUUGAAAUGGUUUGCGUCAUAUCUUAGUGAUCGUUAUCAACGCACUUAUUUCAAAAACACAUUAUCCGAUAUGCGUCCUGUUAAAAUAGGUGUUCCUCAAGGAAGUAUUCUUGGCCCCCUUCUUUUUAUCUUAUUUAUCAAUGAUCUCCCUUCUCAACUUUCACAUUCAGGAUCCACAAUGUUUGCAGAUGACACCACCGUUCUAACAGAAGGUUCUUCCAUUCAUGAUUUAAAUGUGAAACUUAACCUUGUUGCUCAAGAUCUCUCAACAUGGACUCAACAAAACCGAAUGGUGACUAAUACAUUGAAAACCAAGACCAUGCUCAUUCAUUCUCCCCAACAAUUUAAGAAUGCUUCAGACCGUUCUCUAUCAGUUACUCUUAAUGACAACAUACUUGCACAG